UUUUGCAAAUUUCCAAUUGUUUGUUGCUAUUGGCAUUUUGCGCCUGAAAUUUUAUAUCAACAAUUACAUUUAUUUGUUUUCAUCUUAUAUAUAAAUUAAAAAAAAAAUAUAGGAAAAUAAAUAAUAUUCUCUGUCUAUAAAAUUAACAUAAUUUAUUAAAAGUGCACGAAUUGCUCGAUAAAAGUAAAGGUUUUAACCAUUUCUAGAAGGAACAACUGGCACCAUAUUUUGGAGGGAAGCUCAUUGUCACCGGCAUGUCGCAUGUACACGAUUUCGAAGAACUCGUGCUUGAUGCACUUGAAGUUGUGGAAUUUAAAUUGAUACGUCGCAAGCAAGAUCUGGAAGAUGAUAGUCUUGUAUUCCAUCCUUUGAUGGCGCAUCAAAUAUUUGGAGAAACGGAGUGCAUAUUUGGCUAUAAAGAUUUACGUGUGCGAAUUUUAUAUACUGCUGGACCACUACAUAUUUAUAUUGGCACAGAAUAUAGCAGUCGGGUAAAUGAAAUAUCAGGUGGGAAUAUAAAAGCCGAUAAUGUUGUGCUCAAUAUUGCGGAAAAGUUACCAGAGGGUUGCUUCUUUAUAAAUAUGGAUGAGUUCUUAAAGACACUCGACAAAGCCGAUAAAUUUCAACCUUUUGGUGAAAAGCUAUCAGAACAUCUAGCAAUUGAUGAACAGGGGAAAGAACGUUUGUUCGAAAUAUAUCAAUGCGAUUAUAAAGUACCGGCAUUUUUAAAAUUUUUCAGUCGUCUACAAACAUUUAUACUCUGGUUUGUUGAUGCAGCAUCUUAUAUCGAUAUUGAUGAUACACAGUGGAUCUUUUUCGUAUGCUAUGAAAAAUAUAAAAAUGAUAAUGGAGACUAUCAGUAUGCAACCACGGGUUACACCACUGUUUAUGAGUAUUACGCCUACCCUCAGAACAUACGACCACGUAUCAGUCAAGUUCUUGUGUUACCACCAUUCCAAAAGCUAGGCAUUGGCACAAGAUUCAUUGAGACGAUAUAUAGGCAUUAUCAAUUACAAAAUAACGUUGUUGAUAUGACUGUGGAAGAUCCAUCUGACGAUUUUCAGCGUAUACGUAAUUUUGUGGAUGCACGACUGUGCAAGAGAUUGAAAAGCUUCGCAAGAGAUGUUAUUAAAAAAGGUUUCAGCAAGGAAAUGAUUCGAGAGGCACGGGAAACGUUCAAAUUGAAUCCUCGUCAAUGUCGUCGCAUCUAUGAAAUACUUCGCCUUUAUUAUACAAAUAUAAAUGAUAAAGAGGAUUAUGAGGCAUAUCGUUUGGAUGUGAAGCGCCGUUUAAAUGCUGUUCAUUAUAAGCAGAUAAGUGACAUUAGGAAAAUGGAGAAAGCCAAUUUGGAUACUGAAUGGUUGAGAGCGCGUCUGCCUACACCAGACCAACGCAUCGACCAAUUACAUGAAGAGUAUCAACAAGUAGAAAACGUCUAUAAACAGAUUGUUGAAAAAUUACGCGAUUAAGCAUGCAAUUUACAGAACCGUUCUUUGUGUUUUUCUAUCAAUGUCGAUGUUAACAUGUCAGUUAAUUGAGCAUAUGUUUUGAUUGAUUAUGUUAUAAAAAAUAAAUUAUUAAAUUGGAAACAUUUGACCAAGCAGA